AUGGGUCGGGAAGAGCGACAGGCUUUACUUCAUGAGGGCUCAGGAUCAGCGGUCAUGUCUGCAUAUGUUGAAAUUAUCUUCGAUAAUUCUGAUGGACGAUUUCCAACCGGCAAAAACGAGCUCUACCUUCGACGAACGAUCGGACUGAAGAAAGAUGAGUAUUCUUUGGAUAAGAAAAAUGCUACGAAAACCGAUGUUCUGAAUCUGCUAGAGACCGCAGGAUUUUCUAGGUCAAAUCCGUAUUACAUUGUGCCUCAAGGACGUGUUACAGCUCUUACAAAUAUGAAAGAUGGCGAAAGAUUAAACUUACUAAAAGAAGUAGCUGGAACGCAAGUCUAUGAGCAACGUCGUACUGAGUCCUUGAAGAUCAUGACAGAUACCAACAAUAAACGAGCCAAGAUUGAUGAGUUGUUGGAUUACAUUAAGGAACGUUUGGCGGAACUAGAGGAGGAGAAGGAAGAAUUGAGAGGUUACCAAGAAAAAGAUAAAGAUCGCCGAUGUCUACAAUACGCCUUCUUCCACCAGGAGCAGGUCGCAAUCGCCGAAAAGUUGGAGGAAAUUGAUGAGUUCAGACAAGGUGGUGGCAAUGGUGACGAGAACCGGGAUGCAUUCUUGGAGGGAGAAAAAGCCAUCGCUGAACUUGACGCCCAGAUAAAACAAUUGAAUCGACAAAUAGAGCUUCUUGGGGUAGACAAGCGACAAUUGGAGGAGGACAGACGAGACACCGCAAAGACGAGGGCCAAAAUUGAAUUACACGUCAAAACUUUGACCGUCAAUCAAUCGUCCACAGAACAAGCACGUGUGAGACAUCAGCAGGAAUUAAGUUCUGUUAAGAAGGAGAUAGCUUCAAAAGAAGCGGAACUUGCACAGUUACUUCCGGAUUUCGAGAGCCGUAAAGCUAGCGAAGGAGAAAUUAGACGAAGUCUCGAUGAAGCGGAAGCAGGCAGGAGCAGGCUAUACGCUAAACAAGCUCGCAGUAACCAGUACAAAACCAAGGCUGAACGUGACCAGUUUUUGAGAAAGGAAAUUGAGGAUCUCAACUCUUCGAUUGGAUCUCAGAAGGCAAAUCGAAUUGAUGGUGAUGAAGAGGUGAAGCAUGUGCAAUCUGAAAUUCGAAAUUUGGAAACAGAAAUAUCCGGCCUCCAGGAGCGAUUAGACGGAUGGAGUGGCAAUAGGAUAGCCUUGGCUGAAGAGGUCUCGACCGCCAAAGACGCCCUGGAAAAGUUGCAGGACGAGAGAAAACUGCUACGAAGAGAGGAUGAAAAGCUUCACUCCGUCAUAGAAGAUGCUCGCAAGGAAGUUAGUAUAGCUGAGUCGGAGUUGUCUAGAACUAUGGAUAGUGCUACGUCUCGUGGUUUAGCCACUGUCAGACGUCUCAAGCAACAGCAUAAGAUUCAAGGAGCAUACGGCACUCUAGCAGAACUCCUUGAAGUUGAAGAACUUUACCGAGUAGCAGUGGAACAAACGGCAGGCAGUAGCCUUUUUAACUACGUCGUCGAUAACGAAGAGACUGCAACGCAGCUUAUUAAUGCAUUAAAUGCUGAUAAGGGCGGAAGGGUUACAUUUGUACCUCUGAGCCAACUCAGAACGAAACCAGCCACCUUACCGAAUGCAUCCGACGCUAUACCAAUGUUAAGCAAGAUUCGGUACGACAAAAAGUAUCAGCCAGCCUUCGAGCAAGUAUUCGGUAAAACCAUUGUUUGCCCCAACCUCACAAUCGCUGCUCAGUAUGCAAGAAGUCAUGGGUGUAAUGCCAUUACUCCAGAUGGUGAUACGACUAACAAGAAAGGAGCUUUAACUGGUGGUUAUCUUAAUCCGAAGGAAUCAAGACUUCAAGCAGUCCGUGCGCUGAACAAGUGGAGGGACGAGUAUGAAACUUUAAGGGUGCGCCAGGACGAGAUUAGAAAGGAAUUGGAGCAAAAAGAUCAAGAAAUUACAGCCGCAUUUACAGAGGAACAAAAGGCUAGUCAGAAGAUGAACCAAUUUGUUGACAGCUUGGAUCCUCUGAAAUCAGGAUUGAGGUCAAGACAGUCGCAUCUCGAAAGGCAGAAGAUACAACUUGAAAAACUUCUCCAAAAUCAGGCAGAUGUUAUCAAAUUGUUGCAGGAACAUAAUCGAAAAAUCUCCGAUUAUGAGGCAGAAAUCGCUUCCGACUUUAAAAAGGCCUUAACUGCUAAUGAGGAACGACAACUCGAGCAACUCAAUGCUUCCGUCCAGGAUCUACAAAAACAAUGGAAUGAACAUAGCAGAAAUCGAAGAGAACUUGAGAGUCGCAAACAGUUGAUCGAGGUUGACCUCCGUGAAAAUCUUAGACUUAAGCUUGAUCAAUUGAACAAUCAAGAAAUGGAUCUUGCUUCUGGAAGUGGUACUGGUAACUUGAAGGAAUCUCAACGAGAAUUAAAGCGUAUCAUCAAGGCAUCCGCUGUUGUGGAGACAAAGCUUCAGGAAAACGAAAACUCAUUGGAAGAAGCUGAAUCAAACAUCAUCAAUCUUCAACAGGAGAAGAGUCAAAAAGAGGACGAACAACAGAAGAUUGCCGUAUUGAUUGAGAAGCACCAGAAGAAGAUGGAAAGGAGCAUUGCUCGAAAGGCCAUACUUACUACCAGUGCUUCAGAUUGCGCCAAAAAUAUUCGUGAUUUGGGUGUUUUGCCUGAUGAAGCAUUUGAAAAAUACAAGGAUUAUGACCCCAAAUCUAUUCAAUCGCGCCUCAAGAAGGUUCAGGAAGCUCUCAAGAAAUAUAAGCACGUGAAUAAGAAGGCUUUUGAACAGUACAAUCAAUUCACAACUCAGCGAGAUAGCUUGACCAAGCGUAGGAAGGAACUUGAUGAUUCUCAGGCAUCGAUUCAAGAACUCGUUGAGGUCCUCGAUCAACGUAAAGAUGAAGCCAUCGAGCGAACUUUCAAGCAAGUCUCCAAGGAAUUUGCCCAGAUUUUUGAACGUCUUGUCCCAGCUGGUCGUGGUCGGCUCGUCAUUCAACGUAAAGCGGAUCGACGUGCCAGAGAGGAAGAAGAUUCGGACGAGGAAGCACGUGAUAGUGUUGAGAAUUAUGUUGGAGUUGGAAUCAGUGUCAGCUUCAAUAGUAAACACGAUGAUCAGCAACGUAUUCAACAAUUAUCUGGUGGACAAAAGAGUCUGUGCGCCCUUGCCCUUGUCUUCGCAAUCCAACAAUGUGAUCCGGCUCCUUUCUACCUCUUCGAUGAAAUCGAUGCAAAUCUUGAUGCUCAAUACCGUACUGCUGUCGCCCAAAUGCUCAAGGAAAUCUCUGCCAAGCAAUCACAAGCUUUCCAAUCACAGGAUAAUUCAGAUGAGGAAUCCGACAAUGAUGAAGAUGAUGAGGGUGGUUCCAAGAAACAAAAAGUCAUGGGCGGCCAAUUCAUUUGCACAACUUUCAGACCGGAGAUGGUAUUGGUGGCUAAUAAAUGUUAUGGUGUCACUUUCCAUAAUAAGACGAGUAAUAUUGGUGUUGUUGGGAAGGAGGAUGCGUUAAGCUUCGUUGACGGAGAGGCUCCAAAAUAG